GCCUUACUGUCAUGCACUUUGGCUGUACUCGCCGGACAAAGCGCACAGAAAAAGAGAGAGUUGUAAAAGAGCUCUCUUUUUGCCACUCUCGUAUCUCAUCGCAUCGCAUUUUUGUUGGCCGCUCUGUCUCUCCUUCUUUCUGGAUUCGAUAAUACCGAUUCUGAAUCCAAGCUUUCACUUCUUCAGUUCUUUACAACUCAAAUCCCUCCGAUUCAACUCGCCGGGUCGACUCGCUCUCCAAAACCCCACAACUUCAACUCUUCUUUUACAAGUGAGUCUAUCUCUGUCUCUCUUUCUCUCUCUGUCUCUCUUGCAUUUUCUGUCGCUUUCUACCUAAAAACGAGAAUCUGGGUUGUUUGGUAGUUGUCGAUUUGGUGACUUUUUGCCCACCAAUUCCUAGGGGUUAUGGUUCGGUGAAGGUUUGCUGAACAAACAUGUGCGAACUUGUUGAUUUUGAACGUUGUUUUUUUAUGAAUCGUUGAGAGGUUGAUAAGAAGAUCACCCUUUUACAAAACCCAGAUGCUGAUUUUGCCUGCUUUCCUCUAAAGCUGGUCUCUUUUAUCAAUUCAGCAAGAUUUUGAGGUUUAAGCCUCUGAUUUGCUUUAGGGGUUUGUAUUUCGAAUGGCGGCGUCCGUGAAUGACAAUAAGAUCGAUGUUUUGACAUCUGCCAGGACUUCGUUGAAACUAAGCAUAGAGAAAUCAAAGGCUUUAGGGUUAGCUUUAGAGAAAGCUGGGCCUAGAUUGGAAGAGAUUAACCAAAGAUUACCUACCCUAGAAGCUGCGGUCCGGCCUAUUCGCGCCGACAAGGAUGCCCUUGCCGCAGUUGGGGGCCACAUUAACCGCGCUGUGAGCCCCGCCGCGGCGGUGCUCAAGGUUUUCGACGCCGUUCAUGGGCUUGAAAAGUCGCUGCUAUCCGACCCCAGGAAUGAUCUGCCGGGGUACUUGUCGGUGUUGAAACGCCUGGAGGAGGCAUUGAAGUUUUUGGGGGACAAUUGUGGAUUGGCAAUUCAGUGGUUGGAGGAUAUUGUGGAGUACCUGGAGGAUAACACGAUGGCUGAUGAUCGGUACCUUUCAAAUUUGAAAAAUUCCUUGAAGAGUCUUAGGGAAUUGCAAAAUGAUGGGGGGAGGGGGCACCUUGAUGGCGGCCUUUUAGAUGCCGCAUUGGAUAAGUUGGAAAAUGAGUUCCUGCGUCUCUUGACGGAACAUAGCGUGCCACUUCCAAUGUCGUCGUCGUCCCUUGCGGAGCAAGCGUGCAUUGCGCCAUCACCUUUACCGGUUACUGUUAUGCAGAAGUUGCAAAUGAUUCUUGGGAGAUUGAUCGCUAAUAAUAGACUUGAGAAGUGUAAAUUGAUCUAUGUUGAAGUUCGUAGUUCAAAUGUUAGAGCGAGUUUACAGGCUCUUGAUUUGGAUUACCUUGAGAUCUCAGUAUCUGAAUUCAAUGAUGUGCAAAGCAUAGAGGGGUAUAUAAUGCAGUGGGGUAAGCAUUUGGAGUUUGCAGUGAAGCAUUUGUUUGAGGCAGAGUAUAAGCUUUGUAUUGAUGUUUUUGAGAGGAUGGGAUUGGAUGUGUGGAUGGGUUGCUUUGCAAAGAUUGCUGCUCAAGCUGGUAUUCUCGCAUUUCUUCAAUUUGGUAUGACUGUUACGGAGAGUAGGAAAGACCCCAAUAAGCUUUUAAAGAUGUUGGAUAUAUUUGCUUCUUUGAACAAAUUGAGACUCGAUUUUAAUCGGCUGUUUGGUGGAGCAGCAUGUGCUGAAAUCCAGAACUUGACAAGGGAUCUCAUCAGGAGGGUGAUUGAUGGGGCAGCAGAGAUGUUUUGGGAGCUUCUGGAUCAGGUUCAGUUACAGAGACAGAUGCCGCCUCCUCCAGAUGGUAGUGUUCCAAGAUUGGUAAGCGUCAUUAUUGAUUACUGUAAUAAACUACUUGGGGAUGAUUACAAGCCAAUCCUAACCCAGGUCCUGGUCAUUCACCGAAGUUGGAAGCACGAGAAAUUUCGGGAGAAGCUCCUUAUUAAUGAGGUUUUAAACAUAAUCAAAGCCAUUGUGGUGAACUUGGAGACAUGGAUGAAGGCUUAUGAUGAUACCAUCCUAUCCAACUUUUUUGCAAUGAACAAUUACUGGCAUUUGUACAAGCACCUGAAGGGAACAAAGGUUGGGGAUCUCUUGGGGGAUAUUUGGUUAAAAGAACAUGAACAGUCCAAGGACUAUUAUGCUGCAGUCUUCUUAAAAGACAGCUGGGGAAAGCUUCCAGCUCACUUAAGUAGAGAAGGUCUGCUUUUCUUCUCAGGCGGACGAGCCACUGCUCGAGAUCUUGUCAAGCAAAGGCUGAAAGCUUUCAAUGAAGUUUUUGAUGACAUGUACAAGAAGCAGUCUAACUGGGUUGUGUGGGACAAAGAUCUGAGAGAGAGGACAUGCCAAUUUAUAGUGCAGGCAGUUGUGCCUGUUUAUCGAAGCUACAUGCAGAAUUAUGGGCCCUUGGUAGAGCAAGAGGCCAGUUCCAGUAAGUACGCAAAGUACACAGUGCAGGCUUUGGAGCAAAUGUUAAUGUCUCUUUUUCAGCCAAAGCCAGGGAGAUAUGGCAGUUUCAAAGGCAGGCCGCCUAGUGGGAAAUUCAACAAUGGAGUAACGGAUCUUCGUCGUACUGCCUCUGCGGUUGGGUAAUUUUCUUAACCCGAUGCACUUUAAGAUGGUUAGCCAAUUACCUGUAUAUAUUGUGUUACCAAGAGCCAUGGAACUUUUGCACAAAUAUUUUAAUUUAUUGGAUUGAGAGAAGGAAGUUCCGCCAUGUGACGGAUUUUUCUCCAUGAGAUUGAAAUUUUGCAACUUAUCGAACGUGAUGAAGCAUUGAGAACUGUCCCAUAUGCCUGAAGGGUUCCGAAAAGCCAUAAGAUCUCAUUGAAUACGAGACAUGCUGAUAAACAAGUUUACAGGCUUAUUGGACAAGGUUAGUAGAUAAUACUUUGAGCUAUAGCUAUUCUUUUUUUUUUCUUCUCCAUCUUCACUAGUCAGUUCAGUUGCUAGGUAGGCGGCAGGAAAAAUCUUUAAAGUGCUAGACUUCAUGUACAAUUCUUUGAUAAAGAGUGCAUCUAGAUGUCUAGCUGUGAUUGAUUUCUUUACUCAUCAGUAUUUAGAAGAAAAAGAAAAGAUUGUACAUGUAGGGACCUUGCUGAAAUGCAUGUUGUUAAUGCUCCUGGAUGCCUGUUAUGUUGAGAGCUUAUGUAUUACAGCCAUGUUUUUACUAAAAUAUUGUUGACAAUAAAAUGGCCAUGUAUUAAAGCCAUUUUCUUUUUUGAUCGGGUGAAUAAUAUGGUUGAGUUUCUUCUUGUUCU